UGCAACCGGCUAAGCGCUCCCCGUGGAGUAGGCCUCGAGAAGAGCCCGUCACCCGUCCGAGCUGAGGCCUUUCCGGGGAGGGAAAGGAAGGUUCCUCUUAGGCGCGGACGGGGUGCGAGUGAAGGACGGAAGCCGCCGGGCUGUUGCCUGCGCUCCGCACGGGUUUCCCUGGUGGUCUCUCCAGCAGCUCCCUCAAGCCCUGUGACUCGAGACGGUGGGGGUGAAAUCGACCCUCUUCUGUGGGAGACGCAUCCUUGGAGUCCUACACUGAGCGCAAGAACUGCUUCUUGAGGUAGUCGAUACUACAUAGGUCUAGGUCUCGUCUGAUAAGUGAGGUAGAUAAUUAAUAUAAAUAUGGAGUAAAAUAGCUCUGGAAUUGUGGUACCCAUUUGCAUUAAUAUGAAUGAAUCCAGGUCUUUGGAAGACAACUCGCCUGUUGCUCAGCUUGAUGGAAAAAUUCCAGCUAAUGGUAGUGUAGCUUUUCAGCUGACUGGGCACAGGGCAAGAACACUUAGCCCCGAAGAAGCUGAAAAGCUUGCAAAAGAACAGGUCUUAGUAUCUGACUUCAAACAACUGAAGCUAGAAAAAGAUGCUCAGAAGAACUGGGAUCUGUUUUACAAAAGGAACAGCACCCACUUUUUCAAGGACAGGCACUGGACAACUAGAGAAUUUGAAGAAUUAAAAGCCUGCCGUGAAUUUGAACAUCAGAAACUGACGAUUCUUGAGGCUGGCUGUGGUGUUGGUAACUGUUUGUUUCCACUUCUAGAAGAGGAUUCAGAUACCUUUGCUUAUGCAUGUGAUUUCUCCCCCCGAGCUGUGGAAUAUAUAAAGCAAAAUCCUUUGUACGAUACCCAGAGAUGCAAAGUAUUCCAGUGUGACCUUACCAAAGACGACCUUCUGGAGAACAUGCCACCCAAUUCUGCGGAUGUUGUGAUGUUAAUAUUUGUACUUUCUGCUGUUCAUCCUGAGAAGAUGCGCCUUGUUUUGAGCAACAUUUACAAUGUGUUAAAACCAGGCAAGUGUGUGCUAUUCAGAGACUACGGCCUCUAUGAUCAUGCAAUGCUGAGGUUUAAGUCUGCAAACAAACUGGGAGAAAACUUCUAUGUUAGACAAGAUGGAACAAGAUCAUACUUUUUCACAGAUGAGCUCUUGGCUCGACUCUUCCUGUCUGUGGGAUACGAGGAAGUGAUCAAUGAGUAUGUGCUGCGAGAAACUGUGAACAAGAAGGAAGGCCUGUGUGUGCCAAGGGUAUUUCUCCAAAGCAAGUUUCGAAAGCCUGAAAGGGAAACCUGACUUUUCCUUCCAACAGUCCGGCAAAUGUUCUGUAGAAGCGGCUUUCCUUCUGCUGUCAGGGUGUCUGGAAUGCCAGAGGGAUGACGCUUUCGGAAGUGGCUGCCUGCGGCUUCGUGACCCUUAAAAUAAAAACAGUGGGUGGCUGUCAUGCCUGGACCACUGAUGGAGGGUUUGACUUGGACUGUGGAAACUCCGGUUCAAGUCCUGCUCAGCCAUGAAGGUUGCUUUGAGGCCUAGCGGCCAGUCAUCUCUCAGGCUACUUUACACAAAAGCCUGUGUGCUGCAUUUUUAAAAUGUUCCAUUUUUAAGGACCUCUUUGGCAACAGA